AUGGAGAACGAAGAACUAUUUGCCGGCGAGCCCGAGGUUGAUGCGCAGAUGCGCGCCCGAGAGCGCGCUGAAGCGACCGAGACCUCGCGACUAUUGUCCCAACCUGAUGCAAUUUCACAUGGACAGCCAUUAUAUGUAACGGACACUCGACCAAAAUGGAGAAGAGCAAGCAUAUGGUGGCUGCUUCCAUUUGGAGUCCUGUUCAUGCUAGGAUUCGGCGGACUGGCCGUCCCCAAAAUCAAUCUCAUCAUGUCGCUCAUUUGCCGAGACUAUCUCGCCGAAAAGGAGACUCAGGAUCCGACAUUCACCUAUCUCCCAAUAAUAUUCGGCGAGGAUAACUCCCAAUGCCAGAUCCCCCAAGUUCAAUCCCUUGUGGCCCAAUUCCAGCUCUAUAUGAAUCUUGUGGCUGGCGUUUUGUCUGCUUUGGUAAGUCCCCGAUUCGGGCAUCUAUCCGAUCGAUAUGGGAGGACCAAGAUGAUCGCUCUGGGCGCGAUGGGCGUCGUGCUUAAUGAGAUCAUCACUGUGAUGGUGGCUACAUGGCCGGAUCGAUUCUCGGUCAAUUUCCUUCUUGUCGGCUCGGUCCUUGAUGGAUUGGGUGGUUCUUUCACUACCGCGCAGGCUCUGAUACAUUCUUAUGCAUCUGACUGCACGCCGAUUGAGAAACGAAGCGUGGCGUUUGGUCUGUUCCAUGGUGCCUUGUUCUUUGGAAUCGCAGUUGGUCCUGGUGCUGCCGCGUUCUUGAUCAAGAAUGGCGGCACGCUGCUUGUUUUCUACAUCGCACUCGCUUUCCAUGCCACCUUCUGUCUAGCGGUGUGGUUCAUUGUGCCUGAGUCUCUGUCCAAAGACCGACAACUCGCUGCCCGUGAGAAACAUCGUUCAAAGGCUUCAGAUGUCGAUUCUCCCAAAUGGUAUUCUUGGCGUGUCUGGAAUCCAAUGAACUUGAUCACCCCACUGGCGAUCCUGAUGCCUGCGGUUGGUCGACCCAGCAUUCUGUUCUCCAAUCGCCGUGGCGCGAGCCCAGCUUUACGGCGAAACAUUAUCCUCCUGGCGGCCAUUGACACUGCUGUAUUCGGAGUUGCAAUGGGCACGGUGCAGAUCAUCAUCAUAUACGCCGAGUAUAUGUUUAGCUGGGGGAGUGUGGAGUCCAGCCUGUUCGUCGCGGUCAUCAACGUGGUGCGCGUCGUCAAUCUGUUCGUUGUACUCCCAAUCAUCUCUUGGCUCUUCCGCACUCCUGCCAAGGAGGAUGGCACCAUACGCGGAUCUGACAUGCUGGACAUCGUCCUCAUCCGCACUUCAAUCGUGUUCGAUGUAUUGGGAUAUGUUGGCUAUGCCAUGUCCAGCCAUCCUACGGGAAUGAUCCUCUCUGGUGCCAUUGCUUCCCUGGGUGGCAUGGGCUCAGCGAUCUUGCAGUCGUCUAUGACCAAGCAUGUGCCCCAUGAAAGAAUUGGUCAAAUGCUUGGUGCUACUGGUCUUUUGCACGCGCUUGCUCGGAUUGUUGCGCCUACAGUCUUUAAUCUAAUUUACAGUCUGACUGUGGCAACACUGCCGCAGACGGUCUUCGUGGCGCUUGCUGUUGUCUUUGCUGUGGCAUUCUUUAUGAGUCUUUUCAUCAAACCACAUGUUACCCUUGAAGGUGAACAUGUCGCGGACCCUAGAGCCGAGGCAAACGAAGAUGGAAACGACGAGGAUGAUACACUUCUUAAUAGAUAA